AUGAGGGUUGCUUCCAACGCCAUCAAAGAACUGAUCCACAAUGACCCCAGCGUGAAGCGUAUCUUGUUCCCUUCGUCGCAGGAGCUGGUGGGGCUCGAUGAGACUCUGGAGCGGGUCCGCGCCAAGUACGAGUGCAAUGUAGCAGACUCGGAGGCUGCGCUUGAGUACGCGUGUCUUCUGGUCAUGCACUCCCGUGCCUCGUACAUUGAGGAGGGCGUGCGUCUCAUGGAGUCCUUGCUGUACGUCUCCUGGAAGGAGCGCCUGGAAAACUUGAAGGGGGCUGCGGUGGACGAGACGAGUUUGCUGACGGCUGGGCAGGUGUCCGCCCCAACCGGGGUGGCGCGCGGUAGGGUGCUGCACGGGGCCUCUGCCCCACCCGAAGGCAGCGGCUGCGACGGCGAGGAGGAGGAGGAGGAGGAGCUCAAAGCUGGCGUGGGGGAACAGGAAAAAGAGAGAGAGGCGGAAAAGCAAAAGGCGGACCCCACGGGUGAUCUCCUUAUUCAGUACUACUACCUAACUAUUGGAUGGAUUAAGCUUCGCAACUACGACAAGGCUUUGACAUGUGUCAAUCGAAUGCUUAAAAUUCAGCCGGAUCACCGCCAGGCGCUUGCGCUGAAGCAGUACAUCGAUACAGAAGUGACUAUGACUUUAACUGCCACUGGUUUGGCGGGAGUCGGUGUCGUUGCUGCUGUGGCAGCGCUCAUUGGCGUAUUUUUGCGAAAAUCAUGA